AUGGCAUCCCCCCAGCCUGCCGCCAAUCCUCCCCGGAGGAAUCGUGGCGUCAGCUUCAAGUCCGACCAUUCGCGCAGAUCCAGUGGCUCCCACAAAGAUAAAAUCUCCCUGUCCGAGACUUCAGAGGAGAAAGCAAGGCGUAUCAUCCAUACCAAAGCCGAUCCGACCGUUGCUAUGAACGAACUGCAGCCCAUGGCUGUCGCAUUGGAAAAAUCCAAUCUCGGCUCAUUGAGAGCUCUAGAGCACAAAGAUCAAUACGGCAAUCCGAUCACUGACCCCGACUUGUCCAAUCCGACUCGUCCCCGACUCGAGCGCCCGCUGGAUACUAUUCGAUCGUUUGAGGCAGCGAUCUACGGAAGCUACUCAAGCCGGCCGCAGUCAUACAUCAGAGGUAGGGAGCAUGGGAGGGAGUUUUGCAGUAUUAUGAAGGAGAGAGAAAUGGUUCUGACGGAUAUCUUUGCAGAUGAUUCCUCUCAAGCAGGCGAUAUCAGCCGACGAGGCAGCUACUUUGGAGACCAAGGCAAUGGGCAGUCGAACCGGCGAUACCAAGAGCAGAAUGGCUAUAACGGCCGGGGUAGUCAGUCGCGCCCCGACAGCUUCGGCGACAACUACAACUACAGCAGCCCGAACAACCGGUCAACGGAGAACUUCUACCCGUACAACAAUAACAACAACCCCCGGUCGCGGCCUCGCCACAGCAGCCGCAUGAACUCGGAGCAAAACAAUAACAACAACAACAACCCCCAUCCACCGCCCAAUGUCUACUCCCAGAACGGGUACCACAAGUCGUAUGACAAUGUGACCGCUGCCUCCGGCUCAAACAGCUACAACACCAACACUGAUUCCUGGGGCAACUCGACUGACCCCAGCUCCGUGAACAGCUCGUACGACCAACUGCAGUACUACCAGCAGCAACAACAGCAACAACAACAACAACAACAACAACAACAACAAGACAGAGUUGCAGAGAGCUACGGUUUCCGCGGGUUCGGGGGUAGUCCGAAGUUGAAUGGCAAUGGGAAAUCGCCCAUGAUGGAUCCCAACGCCGGCGGGCCCGUCGGCGGUGGUGCUCCCAGCCCUGCGCCUGCAUCUGCAUCUGCGGCUGCGUCGGCGUUUGCAUCUGCCCCCCCUGCUCGGUCGAGUUAUGUUCGCAAGGAGAUGGAUUCCGGCGAUAAGCGCAAGAGCUGGUUCAAGCGGCGAUUCAGCAAGGAUUAA